AUGUUUACCAACAUAAAAUGGACCACAAUUAAGCGAUUCAACAGUCAAUGGCGACAACUGGCUCAAUGCUAUGAAAAAUUACCCGAAAAACUGUCAUUACUAUUACAAGAUGAAGAGGGCACCAGAAGGACGAUCCGCUGUGGAGUUAUAUUGCCUCGCAGGCAAGAAACUAACCACUCCGAAUUCAUCAGUGCUCUGCUCUCUGAUGUUUAUGCUCGAGAUCAAACAUGGUUCAGAACGUUAGUAACGCGAUAUCAUGGAAAGAAUGUUUCCAAUGUACUGAUGAGGUACGGUCAGCAACUUGACUUACUUAAAUCUGAGAGAUCGAUAAUGUUGACACUGCCAUCGCCGUUUUUGAAAAGGUACGACGUUGAGUUCUUAGAGUUUCAUGACAAUGAAAGACCGGAAUAUGAAAGGGGCUGCCAUUUAUAUGUUGAUUUAGGUGACUCACCGUCUCGUGUCUGGCCUACAAUAAGCAUCAAUGACACUAAAAUAUCUAAAGAACUACUUCUCUCCAGCUCAGUUAAUGCAAAACUUGCUCUUAAAGCCACGAUAGAUUUUGUGCGAGAUAAAUCUACUGUUGAUGAAUACCUAAGAAAUAUGGAAACUUCAAACUUUGAUAACAUCUCAAAAAGAUUGGGAAGUAUCCUUGAAGAUAAAGAAACAAUAUUCAAAAAUCUUCAGAAAAGUAUAAUUGAAAAUAUCAAAAGGACAGAACUUCCCUUGGAACGGAAAAAGAUGAUAGAAUAUGAGAGAAAACAAAUGAUGAGCGAAAUCGAAAGCUGGAGUCAAUUAGCACAUUUAGAACUGCAGACAGUAAUUAAUCCUCUUCUCGACCAAUUUUCGAGGGAGCACCUGUCGAUAUGGAAAAUCUACACCUACUCUGAAAGCAAAUUGAAGCUAAAUUUACUCGAACUUCUCGUUGAACCUCUCACUCACCUAAAAAUGAAAAGCUCUUUGUUCAAGCUCUCGGGCAAAUUGCAACUUGAUGACACUCUGGCAUUGAAGUCGCCUUUAGAAAUACAAAAUAUUGGUCAAAGAGUUUUAAAACUUCACGGGAAAGCAAAUAAGGCUAUCUAUCAGAAUUUUUUUAGCUUGCAAUUGCCAUUAAUUCUCUGCUCUGUAGUAGGUGGACUUUCUGAACAAUUCUCCUUUUAUUCAAUGGGGUCGCUGGCGUCUUUCGGUAUUGUUCUUGGGUUCAAAAGGGUGAUGUCUUAUUGGGAUGAAACCAUGAAAAGUUUACAACAAGAUAUUAUAGCAAAUAUAAGAGAAAAUAUAGAGAAAGAUAAAGCAAUGCUGGUGGCAAGUGGUAGAGAACGCUUCAGUGAGAAAGAGUUCAAGCUCGAUCAAAAAAUAAAAAUAAUAGACUCGUUACCCAACGAAUUGAAAAAAUGA